AAUUUGGCAUUUCCACUAAACCAGAAUAUCCUUAUUAUUUUAAAUUCAAUUUGCCCUGAUUAGGUGGCAGCCGUGAAAAUCAUUUAUUUUAUUAUCUUCAGAAAUCCAAAUUUUGAAUAGUUUUGUAAAAUAAAAAUUUUGAAAAAUAUUCUUUAAAUUAAAAAAAUCUUUUAAUUACAUUAUUUGGUGCUAAUUUGAAAAUAAAAUUAUGGAAACAAAGAGAUCAACAACUAUCAAGCAUUUCCGAAACGUUGCCGAAUUUAGUAAAUUUUUAAAACGUCCGGAAACGAAACUUGUUGGCUUUUUUGAAAAAGAAAGUGAUUUAUUAUCAAUUUUCUCUGAAUAUGCUCACAGUAUGGAUAAAAGGUUGCGUAUUGGCUACUGCACAGAUUCUGAUAUUCUGAGGUUGUACGAAGAAACAAAUGCAAUAAUAAUUUUCCGCGAUCCUCAAUUACAAAACAAAUACGAACCAUCAACAGUUAAGUUCGAGGGUAAUACCCUACAAGAGUUGAAAGAAUUUGUGAAAAAGAAUUUGCAUGGAUUGUUCGGUCACCGUACUCGCAAAUCUGCUCGAGAUUUCAAAGCCCCAUGCAUCAUUGCAUAUUUUGAUGAAGAUUUAGUGGAUAAUCUUGACAAAAUUAGUUACUGGCGUAAACGUAUCUUAAAGGUCGCACGGAUAUUUGCUGGACGAAUCAAUUUUGCCUUUUGUGAUAAGGAAGACUUCCCAGAUGAGGUUGGGGAAUUUGAUUUCGACUUUGCUGAUGGAAAUCCGUUGAUAUUAGCUCAUGACAGUAGCCACCGAACAUUUAGGAUGACGGACGAAUUCUCCUUCGAUAACUUACGUAAUUUCGCCACAAAACUGGAUAAUGGCGGGCUUGAAUCCACUAUAUCACAGGAGUCCAUUCCACUGAUGGAUUCACACGUUAAAGUCGUGGGUGAUGAAAGCUUUGAGGAGCUCGUACUUGAGAAUGGCAAGGAUACUCUUGUAGGGAUAUAUGCCCCUUGGUGUGCUGACUGCGAAUUCUUGAAUCCAGUGUUUGAAGAAAUCGCAGAGAAACUAAAAAAAGAAGCUGUUUCAAUUGUACAAAUUGAUGAUACUGUUGUCACACCACCAAAAGCUUUCCAAUCUCCAUUUUAUCCCAGUAUCCUUUGGCUCCCUAAGAAUGAUAAGUCAGAACCACAGCCAUAUACUGGACGUCGCCAAGUUCACGAUAUUAUUAAAUUUAUUGCUGAGAAAGCGACCAGUGAGCUGAAUGGUUAUGACCGCGAGGGGAAUGAAAAGCCUAAAAGAAUACAAACUGUUACAAAGAAAGUAAUGAAGAUUUGAAAUAUUUUAGUGAUUACAGCACCAAUGAUUGCUGGGGGUUUUUACAAUUUUACGGGUAGACCCAAUCUAUGUGUAAAUUGAGCUAAAGUAGUCUACUUCCUCUGUGGCAAUUUAACACGUAUAGAAGGGUGUUCAGCAGAAACCCAUAUUCAAUUCUUUCUUUCUUUAUAUUUCUUUAUAAAAUCAUUUUUAAAAAAUUUAUUUUAUGUAUUUUAAAUCAAAUUUCUAU